AUGGAAUUUGCAUUAAUACCGAUCCUGCUAGCCUAUCCAGUAUCGGCAUGUUUUGGUGGUUUUGGCGGUCCUGGUUGUUGUCCACCACAGCAACAAGGAUGUACUGGACCUAUUUGUACUCCUGGUGGUCCUAGCGGUCCUAGUGGAGCAUGUUGUCCACCACAGCAACAAGGAUGCACUGGACCUAUUUGUACUCCUGCUGGUCUUGGCGGUCUUGGCGGUCUUGGUGGUCUUGGUGGACCAUGUUGCCCACCACAACAACAGGGAUGCACUGGACCUAUUUGUACUCCUGGUGGUCUUGGCGGUCUUGGUGGUCUUGGCCUUGGUGGACCAUGUUGCCCACCACAGCAACAAGGAUGCACGGGACCUAUUUGUACUCCUGGUGGUCUUGGCGGUCUUGGUGGUCUUGGCCUUGGUGGACCAUGUUGCCCACCACAGCAACAAGGAUGCACUGGACCUAUUUGUACUCCUGUUGGUCUUGGUCUUGGUCUUGGUGGACCAUGUUGCCCACCGCAACAACAAGGAUGCUCUGGGCCCAUUUGUACUCCAGUUCAAACGGCUGGUGGUGGCAGAGGAGGGUAUGUAGCACCACCAUUUCCAGGUGGCUUUGGUGGAUUACCAGGUAGUGCAGGGAGCUACGUAGCACCAGCACCACAAGCAGCAGAACCAAUACCACAAUCAUCUUAUAAUGCACCACAAGCAGCACCACCAAUACCGCAAUCAUCUUAUAAUGCACCUCAAGCAGCACCACCAAUACCGCAAUCAUCUUAUAAUGCACCUCAAGCGGCACCACCAAUACUGCAAUCAUCUUAUAAUGCACCACAAGCGGCACCACCGUCAUUUUUUAAUGCUCCUCAAGCACCACCACAACAAUCACAGUCCUACAGCGAAGCUCGUGGACUGGCUGCUUCUCAGGUACAAUACAAAGAUUCCACUCUGGGUGGUGCAUCACAAUCACUCUUGCUAUCACCGGAAAAUCCAUCGGUAUCAGGACGAUUUGCGGAAGGUGUUGAGCAAGCAACUCUCCCUGAUGGCGGUACAAUUGAUCUUGCAUCAGCAUCAGCGGCAGCGGCAGCGGCAGCAUCCAUCGGUGAAGCGGAAGCGGUGCAAAGUGAAAAUGCUCAGGAAGUAGCACAACAGUCAUUAUCAACAGUUCAACCACAUGCAGUUCCAGCUCGUCGACAAAGUCUCAAGCGAUAUUCUCGAUAUUAA